UCAACACCACGGUCACUGCACACCUCGAGCGAUGGCGACAGCAGCAGCACUUUCACGACCGUCUCACCAGACGAGGUCUCACAUUUCAACGCCCUCGCCUCCUCGUGGUGGGACCCCCACGGCCCCUCGCGCAUCCUGCACCUCAUGAACCCGCUCCGCCACGACUUUAUCCGCUCCAUCCGCGCCUCCCACCCAAAACAAGGACUCAAGUACCUCGACAUCGGCUGCGGCGGCGGCAUCUUCGCCGAGUCCGCCGCCCGCCUGCCCACCACCCACUCCGUCACGGCGAUCGACCCGACGCCGCAAGUGCUCGCCAUCGCGCAGGCCCACGCGAGGCGCGACCCGGUUCUCAGCCCGGCCACGAGCCCGGGCAGGCUCAACUACAUCAACACUUCGAUCGAGCACCUGCCCGUCCCGGAGGCGCCCGACCAGGCCUACGACAUCGUGUCGGUGUUCGAGGUCCUCGAGCACGUCAACCAGCCCGCCGAGUUCCUGGACCGGUGCACGCCCUUUGUCAAGCCGGGGGGCUGGCUCGUCAUGAGCACCAUCGCGAGGACGUGGAUGUCGUGGUUCACGACCAACUUCAUGGCCGAGGACGUUCUAAGGAUCGUGCCCAAGGGCACGCAUGACUGGAACAAGUACAUCAACGAGUACGAGCUGCGGCAGCAUUUUGCCGAGCCCGCCGCCGGGGCCGCCGACGCCGCCGCAGGCACAGAGGCUAAUGCGGCUGGUGUUGUGACGGGAGAUGGCGCACGAGCUACGUGGGAGGCGCCGAGGUGUAUGGGUGUGAUAUAUGUUCCUGGCGUGGGCUGGCGCGAGGUCGCAGGCAGUGAGAAAGUCGGCAACUACUUCUUUGCCGUGCGGCGGUCA